CCUUUCAGUCCGCAUGUCUUUGACGGUCUCCUAGCGACAGCUUGUACACUAGUCGCUGUUGAGCUUCUUCAGCUGAAAUUGACGGGACUCUCAAACCGACAAGUCAUGGCCCAGGACACCGAGGACAUCUCUCAACUCGCGCUGGAAUCCAUCAUUGGGUUUAAUGGGAAAGUACCUUUUGGCUUAUCUGUGCAUCCUGAUUGUGAAAAUAUAAUUUACCCUCUGGGAUGUACAACUGUCGUACAAAACCUGAAGUCCAGCCGCCAGGCUUUCCUGGAAAGCCAUACAAACAAUAUCUCCUUUGUUGCGGUUAGUAGGAGUGGGAAAUAUAUUGCAACGGGACAGGUCACUUAUAUGGGUUUCAAGGCUGAUAUCAUCAUCUAUAACUAUGUUGAAAAAGCAAUUCAUGCAACUAUGACUCUUCACCAAGCCAAAAUUGAAGCGCUGGCAUUUUCCCCAAAUGAUCUCUAUUUGGUAUCACUUGGAGGUCAAGAUGAUGGCAGUGUUGUCAUUUGGAAUAUUGCAACAAAAUCAUCCAUCUGUGGCAGUCCUGCUUGUAUUGCUACAGCAGGAAAUGCACUAAUUAUAAAAUUCGCUAACAAUAUGGAUGAUACCUUUAUUACGGGAGGAACUGGUACACUACGUCUCUGGCUCUUAGAUUUACCCAACAGAAAGAUUCGUCCCACUGAAUGCCAAACUGGACCAUUGAAAAGAAUGAUCAACUGUAUUGAAGUAACAAAAGAUGAUAACUUCUUCUACUGUGGAAGUACUUCAGGUGAUAUUUUGAUGAUCAGCAUGAAAACUGGACUUCUUAACAAUUACGGGCCAUUAAAGAAUAAAUUCAGUUUGGGAAUCACUGCAAUAGUAGAGCUAAAAUCGGGGGACAUCCUUGUUGGAUCAGGAGAUGGUGUUGUAGCUCUGUGCAAAGCACCAAACUUCAAGCCACUCAAAAAAGUGCAGGUGGAUGGCGGUGUUACUUCAAUCAGUCUUCGUGGUCAAGGACACCAGUUCUUUGUUGGUACCAUUACGUCCCAGAUAUAUCGAUUUAACUUCACUGAGUUCAAAGAGGAACUGAUCACCACAUGUCACUGUGACGCUGUUCUUGAUGUAGCAUUUCCCUGUGGAACCUCAGACCUGUUUGGAACAUGCUCUAAGUCUGAAAUAAGAAUCUGGCAUACCCCUACCAAUAAAGAACUUCUGCGAAUCGUUGUGCCAAACAUGACUUGCAAUGCCAUUGAAUUUAUGCAAGAUGGGAGAAGCAUUAUUAGUGCUUGGAAUGACGGGAAGAUCCGUGCUUUCACACCAGAGACGGGCAAAUUAAUGUAUACAAUCAAUAAUGCUCAUCUGGAUGGUGUCACAGCAAUUGCUGCCACUAGUGACUGCAAGAAAAUAAUCAGUGGAGGUGGUGAAGGACAGGUGCGGGUAUGGGAAAUUACUCCAAAAAGUCAUAAAUUUACUGCAGGUCUGAAGGAGCACUCAUCAACUGUGUCAUGCAUUAAAAUUAAGAAAAAUGACCAAGAAUGCGUAACAGCAAGUUUUGAUGGUACUUGUAUCAUCUGGGAUAUAAUACGCUAUACAAGACAUCAAAUGAUUUUGGCAAACACCCUUUUUAAAUGUGUUUGUUACCACCCUGAGGAAUAUCAAAUACUAACAAGUGGAAAAGACAGGAAGAUUGGUUAUUGGGAAGUAUAUGAUGGAUCAGUUAUCAGAGAGCUGGAUGGCUCCUUAUCAGGUUCUGUCAAUGGAAUGGACAUCACAGCAAAUGGUGACUGCUAUGUCACUGGGGGUGAGGAUAAGCUGAUAAAAUUCUGGGGGUACAAUGAAGGUGAGAUUACACAUAUUGGAAUAGGUCACAGUGGAGCCAUCAAUCGCGUUAAGAUCUCUCCCUCUGCGAAACACAUAAUCAGUGUGAGUUCCGAUGGAGCAAUUCUGCGAUGGAGAUAUCCUUAUACAAACUAAUUUACAAUGCACUUUAUUGACAUAAAACAGUAUUGCUUCAGAAUUCCACCUUUGACUUUUUUAAUGUUUCCAUUUCAGUGAUAAAUUUUCAUGAUAUCUGCUUAUGAUUCCAGAGAAAUACAUCUGCUAUAAUGUCCAUCCUGUUGGUACUUUUCUCAAAUACUGCCUUCCUUUAGCUUUUAAUGUCUUUAGUGUCUUUAUUCAUUGAAAUAGAAAUUAAAUAAUUUUGGGAGAAAUCCUCUUUUCCAAAGGUGUAAUUGUAAAUGGCUUGACGAUUAAACACAUUAAAUAUUUUGUGGUUCUGUAAAAACUGAGUUAAAUUAAUGUAUCCACUUUAAUAACUUUUAACUGUGUAAAAUCAGUAAAAACUAAUUCCAUACAGUUAUGCAUUAUCUUUUUAGUAGCAUCUUCUAUAUCUGUCUAUUUCAAUGGACUUAUGAUAUUGAAUGAUCCAUAAUUUUUAAUUACAUUGUAACUUAUAGAAGAAAUAAAUCUUAAUUUGACAGUAUUGCACCUAGUAUCUUGAAAUAAUGAUAUUUUUAAAAAUAAAUUAUAAACUUGUGGAAAAGAUUUCCUCUGCCCAAUAUGUGCAAUAAAACCUAAACCAGUUUUAAAGAAUGGGUUUAUGACUUUCUUACAGAGUGCAGAAAGGAAUGUAACCUUGCAAAGUUAUUGCUUUCUUACAGUCUCCCUGGAGAAUGGAGCAAAGAUUUGAAGAAAAUAGCCAAUAAACUAUUUUAAUGUAUUGAUCUGUGACCUAUAGGUCUCAAUUACCUAAAAUGAUUUUGUUCAUUAUAUUGCAAUAGUUCAGCCGCCUAUGUAUGGCAAAGGGGAUAGGCACAUGAUUCAGGAUGGAUGAGUUGCAAAGAUGGAAUAAAACUGCAAAUUAUCAGCUCCAGGAAUUGCAACCCAUAUAUUGCAUCAACUUUGUAACUUUUGGUACAUUGUCACUUUGCAUGGCAAAAGCCAGAUCCCUACGUCAAUUAUUGAAUCGCCUCAAAUAGUAUUUUAACAUUUACUCUUUUACUGAGCAAGUUCAAUCUUGUUUCUUAAAUGUGCUCACAGCUGACAUAGCUUGCAGGGACCCACAUAGGUUUCUCAUGCCUGUUUCAUAAAUCUUCAGACAGUGCAUAGCAUAUAAGUAAGUACUGUUGGAAGUUGUCUCUUUCAAAGACCCACUGAACAAAAUGCUGACAAUGAACCCAAGAAAUUUUAGACUAAUUUGCCUUUUAUUAUUUUUAUUAGUGAGCGGUGUGAAUGAUUUUUAAGUGCUUGUAUUUACUUAAUUUUGUAUGUUUCCCUAUAUACUGUUAUAAGAAUGAUUGAAACAAUGAAAUGCUCUAUUAGAUAUAUUGAAUGUACAUCAUUGACCUUUCGAAUAAUCCAUUUUGAUCUGUCAACUUCAAGUUCAAUUCACUUUUGAACUGUCUGCCUAUGAAGUACUUCAUGAUCUUUGCAUUCCAAUAAAGUCUUUCAAUUCAUUUA